AUGGCCGCACUCGACAAUGCCAAUCCCACAAUUCUGAGCGAGUCUGAACUUCCUACGCACAGACAGAGACGCAGGAAUAGGGGAGAUGGAACCAAGAAAAGCGGCAUCCGGGAGCUCUUGAUGGCGAAGCCCACUUACGCCUUGGAUCCGUUUUACAUGUCAGACUUCUCAGACACCGAUUCCGAUGAUUCCAGUGUGGAACCAAUUGAUGAACAAGAAAUAUACGUCUUCUUCCCAUGCUCAGAUUUCUUACCCUAUUCGAGAUCAUGCUAUAAAAGCAAAUAUCUCAUUGCACCGAUAUCAGACCCUGAACACCCUCUCUCACUGGAAUCUUUGGGCGUGGUGAAGCUGCAAGAUGUGCACCUCAUCUCUCCUCCAGACCUUACGAAUUCAGCCGCCUUAUCACGCGUCCUCGUUGAGCUCACCCCCACGGUAACGCAUUGCUCACUUGCGACGGUUAUAGGCCUUGGCGUUCGGGUGCGUUUGGAACAAGCUUUACCUCCAAGUUACCGGGUCGAAGUGAAGAUCAAGGAGGGUACGCAUAGCCAAGCAGACGAGGUGAACAAACAGUUAGCGGACAAGGAGCGUGUUGCUGCGGCGUUAGAGAACGACAAUCUUAUGGGCAUCUUGAAGAAGAUGAUGAAGCCCUGCAUGGAUACAUAA